GGCACUCUGACGGGCACAUUUAUAUUAAGGGGCACUGAUGGGCACAUUCAUAUUAAGGGGCACUCUGAUGAGCACAUUUAUAUUAAGGGGCACUCUGAUGAGCAUUUUUUAUGUCAAGGGGCACUCUGACAGGCACAUUUUAUGUUCAGGGGGCACAAAUGGGCACAUACUGUGGAAAGGGGCACUCUGAUGGGCACAUGUGAUGGAAAGGGGCACUCUGAUGGGGAAAUCUGAUGCAAAGGUGCACUCUGAUGGGCACCCUUGAUGUGAUGGGAAUAUAUGAUGUAAAGUUGCACUCUGAUGGCGACAUCUAAUGUAAAGGGGCACACUGAUGGGCACA